CGGCCCGGAAUGCCCCUCGCCUCGUCCCGGGCUCACGUCCCGAUCCCGGCUUGAGUGGCCCGGGGUGGGUGACCAGAAGUUUUAGCCUCGCAGCUCUCGAGGCGGAUUAAUUAGCCCAAGAAACAUUAUAUUCAUUUUUCUGGAUAUGCCGCAGAAGGAUCCGUGCCAGAAACAAGCCUGUGAAAUACAGAAAUGUUUACAAGCCAAUAACUACAUGGAAUCUAAGUGUCAGGCUGUCAUCCAAGAACUGCGUAAGUGUUGUGCCCGGUACCCCACGGGGAGAUCUCGCGUCUGUUCGGGAUUUGAGAAAGAAGAGGAAGACCAACUGCCGCCGAAGCCCGCCUCACAGUAAAGUUCUGCUGACCAGUUGGAUGCUGCUCCUCAUUCCCACCACGCGGGGUUUAUUUCUCCUCCUGACUCUGUCUUCAGGCCAGGUAGCAGCAAAUAGCCAGUGAAAAUGUCAACUGUAAAGGUUAAUAUGCCAUCUAUGCAGAACAAAUACGAAUACAUUGAACAAAUUUGUACAAUGUAAUAAACAGCUGCUAAAAUAAA